AUGGGCAUUUCGUGUCCCCUUAUGGGCUGCGGAGCCGAGCACGCUUCUGCUGAGUGCUCUGUCGACGUGACGUUGACCAAGUUGAUGGACCUCAUAAAGGCUGAGAUAAUUGAGCACAGGCCAUCUGCGGAAAAUACUCCGACACUCCUCGUCGAGGUACCCCAGCAUGAAGAUUCCCCUAUGGAUGAGGAAGAGAAGGAAAAGCUUAGCUAUCAUGGAAAUCAAGUGGAACUGCAUGGAGGACGCCUCGUGUCCACGUUUACCAUGGCUGAAAUGGGCAAACUUCGGUAUUCUUCCGAAGUCCACUACCAGUCACUAUCGGCAAGCGGGGACGGUUACGAGCAUCUUGACAUCACGCUUCUGGAACGCUUACGCGACGUAACCCACAAGGAGUUAGACUGCCUUGUCUGUUACAACCUGAUGCUGGACCCAACAACGACAUCGUGUGGUCAUACAUUUUGCCGUCGUUGCCUCGCUCGCGUUAUGGACCACAGCAGCAUUUGUCCUUUCUGUCGAAGAGGCCUGCAUGUUCCUGCCUCACUACAGAAUCAAUCUAGCAACGUCAUACUCAACUCCUUGUUGAAUGGACUUUGCCCCGAUCUGGUAAGUGCUCGUGCUGAUGCUCUCAAGGCGGAGGAGCAGGCGGGAGAUAACGUGUUGAACGUUCCGCUCUUCAUCUGUACACUGUCGCUGCCCUCUAUGCCGACAUUUCUCCAUGUCUUUGAGCCUCGCUAUCGAUUGAUGAUGCGGCGCGUCAUCGAAGGUAGCAGACAGUUCGGCAUGGUCAUGUACAAUCGCACACACGCACCUCAAGGCGAUCUUGGCUCGACUCCGUUCCUGGAGUAUGGAACACUACUUGAGAUUGUCAAUUACGAGUUACUGCGCGAUGGGCGCAGCUUCAUCGAAACACGUGGUAUCGGACGAUUCAAAGUGAGGGCUCAUGGCUUACUUGACGGGUACAACGUCAGCCGCAUUGAGCGUGUUGAAGAUGUUUCUCUCGCCGAGGAAGCUAUUCUGGAGCAGCGUGAGACCACUAUGGCAAGGGAUUACGCGGAAGCAUUCUUCCGCGACCAUCCUCAGACCCAACUCCCUACGGAAGUCGCAAUCGAGACAUUAUCCACCCAACAGCUACUUGAUAGCUGCACAGCAUUUGUACGAGAAAUGAGAGAAGCCAGUGCGCCCUGGCUUCGCGAACGGAUCAUCCAAGUCUAUGGCGAGCCACCCGAGGACCCCUCAAUCUUCCCAUAUUGGUUUGCAUCUGUAGUACCAAUCGUAGAAGAGGAAAAAUACGUUUUGUUACAGACUGAACGGGUCCGCGAGCGCCUCAAGAUUGUGUACUCGUGGAUUGGAAGGAUCCGCGGACAACGAUGGUAA